AUGACCACUUCCAUGUACGACGCAAUGAACGUUCCUCAUAUGACUGGAGUCCACCCUGUGGCUAUUUCUAGACCCCAAGUUGGGAUUGAACGCCUUCCUACUCGACGCAUGAGCAAUGAACCGCGGGAAUCUAUGAACUGCAAAUCAAGUGCAAUCGACUUCGGCCAUCUUGCGAGGCUUGCCAGGUUUUCCAAUGUCCCUGUGUUUAUGUCUCUUAGCCCAUCAAAGUAUGCUAAUUCAGACACAGAUGCUGUGCCUAAGAAACGUGGACCAAAGACAGACGUCCUGGAAGCCCUUUUGAAAAGGGUAGAUGGACUUGAGGCAAAAUUAAGAGAAAAGGGCGAGGACGAUGUGUCGCUUGCGACCUCAAAUCUGCCUGAAGUGGGGGAUGUUGAAGCUACCGAAUCUGGUUCUCAAGCUAUCGGGGCUGUAAAGUCAGCCGCAAAACGUGCCUCUUCAGUAGAUACUGGCUCGCUUUCUCCAGUAGCUCGGGAUCUAUCACCACCUCCUGCCCAAGCUGAGGUUCUUCUGGACACUUAUUUUUCAAGAUUUCAUGGCAAACCAUAUUACAUUGUCGACGAGUCUUCCAUUCGACAAAGACACCAGCUCAACCAACUCCCGAGAUUCUUGUCUUUUGCUAUUUCGGCGGUGGCGGCGAGACAUACCACCGACGCCAGUGGAUAUCAAGCGGCUGCUAAUCUGAGUGAAGACUUCGCAGCACGGGCUAGGCGGGAAAUCAAUACCGACGAACCUUCGAUAGAUGGACUACAGGCACUUUUACUGCUGGUUAGUGCCUUUACGGCAACCGGCAAAGGGAAGAAAGCUUACAUGCUCAUGACGAGUGCCACCGGUAUGGCCAUGGCACUUGAAAUACAUAAGGAAACCGACGGCCAAGCACGCAUGACGCCAGUCGAACGAGAGAUGCGACGUCGAUUGUUCUGGACUUGUUAUCUACUUGACCGAUUCCAAGCAACUGGCUCCAAGCGACCGAGCCUGAUCAGCGACAACACCAUCAUGCUACGCCUUCCAUCUUGGUCCCCUAACUCGGCUUCCCUCCCUGUCGAAGGGGAAUUCUUCCAGACUGGGUCGAACCUGCAGUAUUUCCAAGGUAGCGACAAGAAGCCUCAAGGAAGCAUGGGUAUGCUCAUUGAUAUCACACGCGUUCUCGGAAACACAAAUCGGUAUUUGGCCGCUGGUGGCGUCAAAGCCGAUUCCCACUUUCCUUGGCACACGUUGUCAACCAUUUCCAAGAUUCGCCAGGAUCUCGAUGUUUGGGCUUCUGGAACCGAAGACGCAUUCUCGAACCUCGGCACACUGUUCAGACAGGCCGACGGAACCAUAUUAUUGCUUAGCAAGCUCAUUUACCAUCUCAUACACUGCCUGAUCUACAGGCCAUUCCUUCCUAUCGAUCUAGCAGAGCUGGCUGAAACAGGACAACAUCAGUCAUGGCAGAUUGAAGCUACCAACAUGUGUUUUCUUCAUGCCAAUGCAAUUAUGGAGUUGAUUCAACUAGGGAAGCAGUCAGCAAUUGUUGACUGGCCUGCAUUUGUGGGAUACUGUGUCUGUACGGCAGGCACAGUUCAUGUUCACGGCGCUCACUACAGCCAGCAAGGAAGUCAAGGCGAGGUUAACGUCUUUAGCUCUGCAGCAGAGUUCCUCUCUAGUGAGAUGCAGUUCCUUAACGAGCUUCGAUACGCCUGGGCCACAGUACAGCAUCAGCGCGAAACACUGCAAGACAUCAGCCACGCUCAUGGAGAAUUGGUGAAGGCGCUAGCACGCAGCUCAAUGCGGUACACGCCGGGGUUCCACAGCGAAGACUUCUUUGAUCGUUACUCAAACAUAGGGGGGCCUGGUGGUCCAUCUUUCAGCUUUGAUGCAGCCAAUCUUCGUCUUUCAGACAUCGGAGUUGACAUGGUUGCUGGACCGGCGACCGAGGGCACGCUGCGAAGCAUCGAUAGGCCACAGCGUCCCAACCUCAAACGCAAGAACACAGCACCGCCCGGUCCUAUCAACCGCAGGCGACCUGAUGUGAAGGUGAUCUCAAGCCUCGCACCCUCUGCCACGGGCCUUCCUACUCCAGGCACUGCCCGUCGAUCGUUUUCAUACGCACCCGGAGGGAUGCCCCAUUCAUCACCGGGUCUCCUUGCAACCCCCACAUCACUUCCAGGUCAUCAUGAAAACCAUGAGAUGUAUACUAUGCAUGAACACAUGAACGAUGCAUCCUCGAACAACGCUGCAGUUGCUGCUGCCGCCGCUGCGGGUUUCAACAUGUCGCCUACGUCACACGGCGUUUCGUCUCACCACAUGCACCAGAUCGGAGGUGCACCUUUUAGCCCACCAUAUAGCUAUGGCUCUGGAUCGAGCAUUACCAAUUCUGGCCCGGGUAUGAUCAACGAGGCCAACGGAGGUUAUGAUGCAAUGUUUGGAACAGUGCCAACGAAUGCCUUUGGCAGUCCUGCUGUCUGGCAAGCCGACGACAGCCAUGGCAAGAUGCACCUUACGCAGACCAGAGCGGUAGCAGGAAGCCCCGGAGCCCGGAGCAACAAUGGCAGUACUGGAACGGGCCAAGGGGAAGAGAAGGAUCCAUUCUUGGCCCUCCUGGAACAGCUCGCCGAGAAUGAGCACCGAGCUCAAAACGGUCAUGGGGGCGAUAUUGACUUUUUCCUUGGAAAUUCCGGCACGAAUGUUUGA